AUGGUCUCAUUGAGAAGUUUCCUGCUGGUCUUCGGAUCCCUUUUAUCUGCCGUGCUUGCUGCACCGACUCUCGAAAGUCGCCAGACUCUGCAGACGAUUCCGGGGAAGUAUAUUGUCACCUUCAAACCGGGAACCGACGAUGCCAAGAUCGACGAGCAUACCGCUUGGGCGACCAACCUUCACAGGCGGCACCUUGAAGGCCGUAGUUUUAUUGAUGGAGACCUUCCAGCUGGCAUUGAGAGAUAUUACAAAAUCAACAGGUUUGCUGCAUACGCUGGUUCCUUCGACGAUGCCACCAUUGCGGCCAUUCGCCAACAUGCAGAUAUUGCGAACGUCGAGGAAGACCAGGUCUGGGAUCUCGACGGACUGGUCACCGAGCACAAUGCGCCGUGGGGCCUAGGAUGCAUCUCGCAUCGAGGACAGACUAGCACUGACUACGUCUAUGACGAUAGUGCCGGGAUUGGCACCUAUGCUUAUAUCGUAGAUACAGGCAUUUUGAGCUCUCAUGACGAAUUCAGUGGUCGCGUCCUCUUGGCAUACAAUGCUGCUGGAGGACAGCAUGUCGAUGGUGUUGGACACGGGACCCAUGUUGCCGGAAUCAUUGGUGGACGAACGUACGGCGUGGCGAAGAGAGCGACUCUGGUUUCGGUGAAGGUCUUUGUUGGGGAAUCCAGCUCUACCUCGGUCAUCCUUGAUGGCUUCAACUGGGCUGUCAAUGAUAUCGUGAGCAAGAAUCGCACGAGCAAAUCUGUGAUCAAUAUGAGCUUGGGUAUAUUCUGUGGAAGCUAUUCCAGCACGUUCAACGAUGCGGUGGAGAAUGCUUUCGAUGAGGGAGUGCUCUCUGUUGUCGCUGCAGGCAACGAAAAUAGAGAUGCCUCGCGAACGAGCCCCGCGUCUGCGCCGGAUGCUGUUACCGUCGCCGCCAUCAACCGGCGUAACUCCCGCUCCAAUUUCUCUAAUUACGGCGCCUUUGUCGACAUUUUUGCUCCCGGCGAGGAUAUUCUGUCCUCUUGGAUAGGAUCAGACACGACGACUCGGAGCAUCUCGGGGACCUCAAUGGCCACGCCCCACGUUGCUGGUCUGACGAUGUACCUCAUGGCGCUUGAGAACCUGUCUACGCCAGCUGCGGUGACGGCCCGCUUGAAGGCAUUGGCCACACGGAACGUAGUCACUAAUACCGCUGGAAGCCCGAACCUCUUGGCAUAUAACGGAAACGGAAGAGCAGACAACCACCAGGGAGAUGGGGAUGGCGAUGGAGAUAACGACGGAGAUUUGGAAUGA